UAUAUUGUUUUAAUGAAAACUGUAAUGGUGCCUGUGGGUCUCUCCAGGUAAUUUGCUGUCUUAUAUUGGUGUUAUUUUAUGUUAUGUCUAGUGGAUACCGUUAAGGUAAUGGUAAUGUCUUUAAUGGUUAGCUGAUGUUUUUUAAUGGUAUUUGUAGUGUGUGGUGUUUUCUAUUGGGUUUUUUGCGGGGGGUUUUUUUUCCGUAGAAGAGGUAUUAUUUGAUUAUAUUGUUUGAGAACAUUGAUAGUCAAUCAAAGAAAAUAUCCUCUGGCAAACAGGCUUCACCUCAUCCAUCUGGAUCAGUUUUAGCAAUGGGUAUAGGUGUAACAUUGAACAGAAAAUCACAUGGAGUUUGCACCAUGUUAGAAACAGCAGUGUUGGUCCUUAUAAUAGCGUUGUGGUGACAGCUGUGUUAAAGCUGCGUGUGUCUGCUGGUGGGUUGAUAGUUUUCCCCUUCCUUUUCCCUGCCUGUCUUUUGUCUCUUGAGCUCCUGCUUCUAUGAAAUACCUGUGCACGAAGCUGUCUCCUGCCACAGUACUAAAGUCCACUGAACGGAGAAAUAAGUGGGCGGGGUCACCGUCAUCAUUUGUUGCAUCAACCAAUCACAUCACACAAUUCGCCUGCCUGUCAAAUCAAACGGAGUCAUGUUUACCUCAGCUUAUUCACGUUCACGCGCCACAUCUGGCUUCCUCAGCCAAGUACCUAAAGAAGGCAAAAGCAUAUUUUACAGAUGCACCGGAUGCAAAGUUGAUGAAGAUUUCAGCGAACAUGUAUACGAGGCUGGAGAAAGAAUAAUGAGGUAUUAUGGUAAUAUUGGGGAACGCAUAGGAGAACACUUUGCAGAGAAAGCACAGGAGCUCAUUGAGAUGUAUAAAGCUGAUGAGAAGAUGGUAGUGCAGAGCAUUCUUUCUUUAGUUGGGAAACAGUUUCUGCUUCAUAUUGGUGCCUCAGACCUUCAUAAUGUUUCUUUGGCUUCAUGGCAAUAUUAUAUCAACAUGGGGGAAGAUCUCAAUGUGGAAGGGCUUAUGUUCCAAAUGGUGGAAAAAUUAGUGGAGGAUUUCCCUAAGGAGUGUUUGCUCCUGAAUAAAGCAGUGAGCAAGAUUAAGUGGGAUGGUGCUUUCUGUGGUAAAGAAGGCCGGGUGUACCCUGUAUGUGUGGUGUGCGAAGAUCGAGAUGAGAUUAUGUAAUUGUCACCAUCUCUCUUGGUGAGUAGUUUAUCCAAAGUUAUGCCUCUGCAGUCUCUGUUUCCUUUGAUCAAAAUGAUUUGGUAGCUGUAGUUUAAGCCAGUAUUUUAGUGUUUUUCCAUUUCUUAAAGCCAAUUUAACAUUCUGAGCUUGCACAUAUGUAUGGACUUUUUCUUUUAGUUUUGUAUAUUAUAUUACACUGGAUGUAAUCCAUCUUGCUUCUUUUUCCCUGUCUCUUAAGAAGACAAAAAGGCAGCUCAUCAUAUUACA